UAAUAACAUCAAAAAACAUCAAAAUUUUUUUCUUUUCAACACUUCAUUUAAUAAAAAAAAAUCAUGGAAACUCAAUCGACUAUAACUUCCACUCUGAAUUCUUUUGGAUACAUUUUAAAUGAAGGGAACAUAUUUGACCUUUUACUAGGUAAACCUGCCGGACCUACCUCCAAAAAGAUGAACGAAUACAGUGAUUAUAAUGAAAAAAAUGAUAGUAAUAUUUGUAACGACGAUAAAAAUGAUUAUGGUGGAGGAAGAUAUGAUACAAUCAUUCGUGUAGGAAUUGAACCUGAUUUAAAAGAAUUUAAAGCUGGAUCAAUUAUAUUGUGUUCUCGUUCUGAGUAUUUUCGCACUGCUUUGUCCUCUGAAUGGGCCAGAAAAGAAAACGAUAUUUUUAUUAUUGAUAAACCAAAUGUUAGGCCGAUUGUAUUUGAUAUUAUUCUCAGGUAUCUGUACAUUGGUGAGUUAAAAUUGGAUAAUCUUAAUGCCGACGAAAUUUAUGGUUUGUUUAGUGCUUCAGAUGAAUUUAUGUUAGAUGACCUUAUUGAUAACAUACCAAUUAAUACUGGGGAGAAUAUGGAUUUUUGGCCAGAUCAAGAGUGUAUUCCAGUUUUACAUUAUAUUUUUAGAAUUGAAUCUUUUUAUAAACUUCGUCGUCAUUUGGCCAAUAAGAUUAACGUUGAUCCUAAAUGGUUAACUGAAGCUGAAGAUUUAGGUACUUUAGAAGAAUCGAUCCUCUUCUCCCUUUUACUUCAAUAUAAUUUUAACCUUGAACAUACUGCCCGUUGGGAUCUCAUUAUCAAAUGGGGUUUAUUACAAAAUCCUUCACUUGACAAGGAAAAAUUAUCAGAAUGGUCAGAUGAAGAUUUCAAAUUACUUGGAAGAACUUUAGGAAACCUUUUACCAUUAAUUAAUUUCACAGAAAUUUCUCGAAAUGAUGUUCAUUCAAAAAUUCUUCCAUAUGAAAAAAUUUUAUCACCUCAAGUAAUGGAUAAUUCUGCUUUAAAAUGGUAUUUAACAAAAUAUCAACCAAAAGGUUCUCAAGGGUUAAAGGAUUCAAAUCUUAUAAAUCAUGUUCACGCUGCACAUUUUAUUAAAUGGAUAGGAUCUUUACAUAAUCAAGAACUUGAUGAAGAAAAACCCAUCAAACCUGCUUGUAGAUAUAAAUUUGAUCUUAUUUUUCGUUCAUCAAAAGAUGGAUUUUGGAAUUUUGCAGAAAAAUGUAAUCAGCAAGGUCCAACUCUAGCAAUUGCAAAAAUAGCAGGACAGAGAUGUUUAGUUGGAGGAUUUAAUCCUUAUGGACUUUUUACGGAUAAGAAAUCUCUUCAAGUACAGGAUGGUUUUAGUGUAAAAGAAAAUUUUAUUUUCUUUUUUGAUAAUCGAAAAAAAGUUCCAAGAUAUGUUAUGUCUCCUUUAAAUAGAUAUGAUACAUUAUAUAAGCAUUUCUUAUCAGAAGACGGUCCAUGUUUUGGUGAUUUAAGGUUAAUUUUGAGAUAUAACACUGGUUGUUAUGUACCUUCUUAUUAUUCUUCUUAUUCUUCUCAUAUGUAUUUUGAUAUUGAGGAAUGUGAAGUCUUUAGAGUUGUUAAAGUUGAUAAAAAUAAUCCAAGACGUAGCAGUUACAGUCAACCUUACAUUAAUGAUACUUAUGAACAUGAGAAAAGUUUAUUUGAAGAUGGUAAACGUUGUCGUCAUUGUAAAAAAUAAUUAACCUUUCUUUUUUUUUUUAAGAGCAUGAAAGUCUGGAAAUGAACAUUUAUAUCUUUUUUUUUUCAAGAGCAUGAAAGUCUGGAAAUAUGAACAUUUAUAUCUUUUUUUUUCACCCAUUUUUUUUCCUCACCCAUUUGUAUUAUAAUCACAGAAAGAAAAUGAAAUUAAUUUAUUUUUACCAUAUUUAAAAAAAAAGUUGUAAAUAAAGUUUCGUAAAUAAUAAAAGAA